AUGGCGAUGCAGCUUAUUUUUCUGCUGUCUACCUCGGAUUUAAUAUCUGGACAAAUUCGGUAUUCGAUUCCCGAGGAGAUGGAGCGCGGGGCUUUAGUGGGAAAUAUUGCUGAAGAUUUGGGCCUCAAGGUUUGGGAAUUGUCUGCUCGGAAAUUCCGAUUGGUGUCUGAUGAGAGGAAGCAAUAUUUCCAGGUAAAUUCCGCAAAUGGGAUUUUGUUUGUGAAUGAAAGAAUCGACAGAGAGCAGCUGUGUGGACAACGCAAUGUGUGUUCCCUUUCUUGCCAAGCCAUGAUGGAAAAUCCUUUGGAAAUAUAUCGCGUUGAAGUGGAGAUCUUAGAUAUAAACGAUAAUUCACCCAGCUUCCCGAAAAGCCGAUAUUCAUUGCAAGUGCUUGAGUCAGUUACGCCAGGAACGCGCUUCCCUCUCGAGAGCGCGCACGACCCCGACGUGGGCACAAAUACAAUCAGAAUUUACGAGAUCAGUUCAAAUGAUCAUUUCGUCCUGAACAUACAGACUGCAAGGGAUGGGAAGAAGGUGGCUGAAUUGGUGUUAGAAAAGUCUUUGGACCGGGAGCAGCAAUCUAAUAUUCAUCUUACUCUGAAAGCCAUUGACGGAGGUUUGCCCGAGAGGUUUGGUGUAGCAGAAGUAAUAAUUGAUGUGGUGGAUGUCAAUGAUAACGCCCCUAUAUUUGAUAAUGAUUUAUAUAGGACACGCUUGAAAGAAAGCUCGCCCAGAGGUACUUUGGUGAUUAAAAUUCACGCUGCUGAUGUGGACGAAGGUUCACAUGGCGAAGUGGCAUAUUUUUUCAGUAACCAGGCUUCGGAAAAAGUACGUGAAAUAUUUACUUUGGAUCAAGAAUCUGGAGAGAUUAGAGUUCGAGGAACAAUAGAUUUCGAGGAAUCAGAGGAGUAUGAGUUUGCUGUAGAAGCUAUGGAUAAUGGCGCAGUGGGUUUGGUAGGGCAUUCCAAGGUUUUGGUGGAAAUAAUUGACGUGAACGACAACGCUCCUGAGAUACAAAUCACCAUCUUCUCCAGCACGGUUCCCGAGGACGCUGCUCCAGAGACACUGGUAGCUUUAAUCAGCGUUACAGACCGCGAUUCUGGGCGAAACGGAGACGUCCAAUGUCAGAUUUCCACUAACGUUCCUUUCAAACUUCAAAAGAAUUCCGAGAACCACUACAAAUUGGUUUCGAGUAAAAAAUUGGAUCGUGAAACCAACCCGAUGUACAAUAUAUCAAUAUCGGCUUGGGACAACGGGUCUCCUCCUUUGUCUACAAACAAAUCCAUAGUGAUAUUAGUUUCUGAUACAAAUGACAACGCACCACGGUUUGAGAAACCCUCCUACAAUAUAUAUGUGGCAGAAAACAAUUCCCCCGGGGCCUCCAUUUAUGCCAUUACCGCUACGGACCCUGAUCUGAAUCAAAAUUCUGACGUCUCAUAUUCUAUCCUGACUCGGGAUUCCGCUGUGUCUUCCUACAUUAGCAUCAACUCAAACAAUGGGAAUAUUCACGCUUUGCGCUCGUUUGACUAUGAAGAGCAAAAGAAGUUUGAGUUUCAAGUUGAGGCGCGUGAUGCUGGGGUCCCCUCGCUGAGUGGCACCACCAGACUCCAUGUGAUUAUUCUGGAUCAAAACGACAACGCCCCAGUCAUUGUUUCGCCUUUAACGUGGAAUGGCUCGGCUGUUGUGGAAGAUGUGCCCCAAUCAGCGUAUCCGGGACACUUGGUCACUAAGGUGGUGGCAAAGGAUGCCGAUUCCGGUCAAAACGCACGACUUUCAUACCAGGUGCUCAAAGCUACAGUUCCCAGUUUAUUCAGUGUGGGACAAUACUCUGGAGAAAUUAGAACCGCCCGCAGCUUUUCAGACCAAAACCCAAUCACCCAACGUCUCGUCAUCUUGGUAAAGGACAAUGGGCAACCAACCCUCUCGGCCUCUGUGACCAUUUUGUUUUCAAUGAUCGCCAACUUGACAGAAAGACUCUCUGAGCGCGCAAACUUAUACCACGAAAAUCCCACCUCUUUCUCCGAUCUGAAUAUUUAUUUGAUUAUCACUUUGGGUUCCACUUCGUUUAUAUUUCUGAUGACCAUAAUUAUCCUCAUCGCAAUCAAAUGCCACCAAGCCAGAACUGUGACUUAUGGCUACAAAUCGACUAUUUGCUGUUGGAGACUUAGGAGUUCACAGGACAGGUUUAAUCGUCGACCGAUGCGAAACGAUUGUCUGAAUUACACAGGAGUUGGAGACAGGGUCGCCAUUCCAGGGGCUUAUAAUUACAGGGUUUCGCUGUCUCCAGAAUCAGCAAAAAGUGACUUCCUGUUUCUGGGUUCCUGCAAUUCAACCAUACCCAUGAGUACUAUCAAAGUCACUGACACGAACGCGACAAAAGAGUUUUAACAGGAAACGAGUACAUGGAACAACGGGCACCGAUUAACGUUGGCUCUGCAACUCCAAGAGAUGACGUCUGUGAAUGGACAUUUUUGGGAAAAUAAGGUCCUGUCAAGAACAAACACA